CGGUUGAAAAAGCCCGUGGUAUGAAGUGUGUCCUUACUCUCAGUUACUCACCCGACUAGCCUCUGAGAUUUGCGUAGGGGAGGAUAUUGCUGUAGUAAACCCGUGACGGCCUGCACUCAGUAGAGCUGCAGUUUGGGCGCUAGGGUCGCUAUAUCUCAGCUGGUACUAGUACCUGGUAUCCCGACGCAACGGAAGGGUUAAACAAAAAAAAUUUGCAAGGGGACGGAACCAGUCUGCCGCAGUCGGUCGCCGCUGACUCUCACUGGGCGCAGAGUCUGGUGCUCCAGUGUUACGCAGUCUCGGAAGGAUAUGCCAAGAUGAUCGCGGAGCAAGGCGACUAGUCCGACGACUGAUCUGUUUGCGGCUGUGGCUCGACGUUCGUGUGAGGCGGUUAUCGACAACGACUAGCAGCCACGGCACAGAGAGAGAGAGAGAGAGAGAGAGAGAGAGAGAGAGAGAGAGAGAGAGAAUUGGUAGAAAGGGUCACUGUUGCGAGUGGCCACCCGGGAACAUGGCGCUGAUGAGGUGGUGCGCAACACUCGGCGCGCAGAUCACAGUCAUGCGGCGGAAGAACGCAACGGGUCCAUUUCUGUCAUGGUCGACGGGAUCGGGACAGCCGGUACUGCAGUUGCCCGCCGCCCAGCUGGCCUUCCUUCUGGCCUGCCUUCUGUUCGGCGCAUCGGCAGUCUCUCCUGUCUACGCGUCCAAGGUGAUCGUCGGAGGCAAGGAUGGGUGGGCACCGGAAGUUGAUUAUGGCGCCUGGUCUGCUCAGAACCCACUGGAAAUUGGGGACGUUGUGGUUUUCACCUGGAGGCACCAGUCCGAGGGUCUGGACGUCCUGGAAUUGCCCGAUCGGGAGGCUUUUGAUGCCUGUGUAGUCGAUCGAGGGGUGCAGCUGGUAUCCAAAUCGGAACAUAACAAAGGGGUAAAAGUGAACGUGACGAAUGUGCCAAGGUUUUUCACCACAUCUUCUGAGAAGCUGUGCCCAACCAUGCGCGUGAUCAUUGCAGCUGCUUCUGCUGCGCGGGCACCUACGACGACGACGACGACGACGGAGGAGGAGGAGAAGAAGCAGAAGCAGGCGCCCCAAAGCGGGAGCAGCCAGGACAGCAGCAGCAAGCUCGACACGAAACGAAGAGGAGAGAAAGGCGACGGCUUGGCAACCAUAUCCGCUUGGAAAACAGUGCCCACCAGUUCAGACCCCUUGGCCCAGGGGCAUCAAGACAGCAGCCCCCCCGGAGAGGAGGAGGAUACCGCAGCGCCCCCGGGAAACUCUCCCCCUCAACUGCAAUCCUCCGCGGACUUGGAUGGGGGGAAUGGAGGAGGAGGAGGCGCAGGUACCUCCUUCCCCAUAUCCUCCAAUACUUCCCUAGACGGCGGACCGUUCGAUGGACUGGGCAAUUCAUCAGAGACGACGGUGGCUAGUCUUGGAGGAGGAGGGUCAGGCCACCCCACCUCAGGCUGGGAGAACCAGACGUCGGUUGCACUCGCGGAUCUCGGCGAUGUCAAGGGCACAAAAUGGGGUUCCGGAGAGAAGGGAGGAGGCGGAGGAGGAAAAGGAGGGGUAGUAAGAGGAUCGGUCGUCGGGGCCGAAGCUGGGGGGGCCGCUUGUGAACCCUCAAGUACAGAUCCCUACUCCAUGUCCACGGGUAACGGGUCGUGCGUCCCAGCGGUUCUGACGACGACUACAAACGCCGACAGCAGCAGCGGAGGAGGGGGAACGACAGAGGCGGAACCCAGAAUGGGUACCACGCGUACGGUGGAUUCGCCAGGAAACGGCUCGCAGAACGGGGCGAUGGCUCCUUCCCCCGGUGAGUUGGCUGUACUCUUUGGGACCGAGGACGACAGCUCAUCAGCUCCUUUGCAUGAUGGAGGAGGAGCAUUUCUCAGAUCUCUUCUCCUCUCCUUAGCAGCUUCUUUGGCGGCCGUGGCUCAUCCACAAGUCUUCAUCUCACUCUGAUGGCCAUAGUCAUCGCUCCUGCUUCCCCACCACCUCCUCCUCCUCCUCCUCCUCCUCCUCCUCCUCCUCUGGUUCGUCUUCGUCGUCUUCGUCGUAGCUAUGGUGUUUAGAUCUUCGUUUCGAGAACUUUCAGGCUCCUUGUCCUCCUCCUUGCCUCCACGUCCACCUCUUUCUUGUCCUCCUCUGCCUCUUCCUCUUUCUCCUCUUCGGCGGAUUCCAGUGGUGUUAAUCUCUGAGUAUCCUCUUCGGCGUGCCCGUGGUGUUAAUGUCUUAGUAUCCUCUUCGGCGGAUUCCUGUGGUGUUAAUCUCUUAGUACUUAGUAUCCUCUUCGGCGUGCCUGUCUGUGGUGUUAAUCUAGUAUCGACGACGACGUUUCAGGCUUCUUGUCCCCCUCCUUUUUCUCCUCUUCGUCGUGUGUCUGGUGUUAUUCUCUUCGUGACGACGAAAUUUCAGACUUGUCCUCGACCUCCUCGUGGCAUUUGCGAUGCUGUGCCUUGUCAGAACUUGCAAUGGUGCUUCUCCUUAUACUGUAAUUCAGCUGCUCGGGCCGUCUUCCCUCGCCCACGGCCAUUCACUGUUAUGUUCCUGGCUUCUCAAUCAACUCCCCUGGUGCUUAUUAUAAGGGUCGCCAUCUCCAGGAUUACCACCGUCUUCCCCCGAACACAACGCACCCUCAAAUGAUGCCGGUAGCGGACCGGAAUUGUAGCUUGUAUGCAUUCACGAUA